ACCCAUGGUUCUGGUGAUGCAGGAACUGCCUCUCGUGUGCCUGAUGCUGCUCCUGCUCUGCAGAGAUCCAGGUGUGGGUGCCCAGGAAUUCAGGCUGCACCAGCCCCAGGACAAGGUGUCGGUGGCAGCAGGGGAGACUCUCACCCUGAACUGCACCAUGUCUGGAGCGGCUGUAGCAGGUGCUGUGGGAUGGCUGAAGGGCUGGGGCAGUGAAAACAAAACCAUCUAUGACCAGAAGGGGCCCUUACCCCGUGUGACGAGAGCAGUGGAUGGGUCCAACACAGACUUCACCAUCCACAUCAGCAACGUUCAGCCUGAGGACAUGGGCACCUACUACUGUGUGAAGUUUGCCAAGGGGGACACUGGUCAGGAUGAGGUGUUUCAGCGUGGCAGUGGCACAGAGGUGUCUGUGCAAGCCAAACCCAGUCCCCCGCUCGUGUCUGGGCCUGAGCAGAGAGUGAGCCCGGGGCAGUCGGUGUCUUUCACCUGCACAACUGGAGGGUUCUUUCCCAAAGAGAUUGUGGUGAAAUGGUUCAACAACACGGGCCCCGUGAUGGCUCAGCAGCCCCAGAUCACUGAAUGGAGGGUGAAAACCUACAACAUGUCCAGCACAGUGAUGGUGACCCUGCAGAAGGACAACGUCCACUCGCAGCUCACCUGUGAGGUGCAGCACUCCACGCUGGCGGCCCCGCUCCAGGAUCACUGGGGCUCUGCGAGGAAUUGGGGUUCACAGCCAGGAGACAGCCAGGAGCCAAUGUUCUAG